ACACACUGAUAAGUCUUUCGGCUUCUGUCUUGUGUCUUUACAUCCACAAAACAAGGGAGGGCAAAUUUAUCCUUUCCUCUAAAGAGGAAUGCGAGGUGUUGCAAUCUUUACGCGCUUGCCUCCCGCCGUCCCGGAUAGUGUUGCUGAUGUGAACACCCCUCUGGGCUGGGAAAAUAUGGCUGAAUGUAAAACCAAAUCAGUAAGAGGAGCAGCUAAGCAUAACCGGGCGAAGGAGAAAGAAACUAAAUGCCAUAUGUCUGAUUCGAAUGGCACCAAUGGAGGAGCUGCUGCAAUGGAAGAACUCAGUGCCCUCGAAGAGGCCUUUAGGAGAUUUGCUGUCCAUGGAGACACGCGUGCCACGGGCAAAGAUAUGAACGGCAAAAAUUGGUCAAAAUUAUGUAAAGACUGCAACAUCAUAGACAAGAAGAACGUGACAACCACGGAUGUUGACAUUGUGUUUUCUAAAGUCAAGCCAAAAUCUUUUAGGACCAUCAACUUUGAUCAAUUUAAAGAUGCUCUUCAAGAACUUGCGCAGAAGAGAUUUAAAGGAAAGAAUGAGGAGGAAGCAAUCCAAGAGAUCCACAAGUUGAUUGAAGGAAACUCCCCUCUAAUAGCAGGGGUUACGAAAACUGUACUCUCUCCCACACUGACUCGACUUACUGACACAUCAAAAUUUACCGGGUCUCACAAGGAAAGGUUUGAUCAGAACGGGAAAGGCCGUGGAAGAGCAGGCAGAGAAUACCUGGUUAAUGAUACUGGCUACGUAGUGGGAUACAAACAUGCAGGAACGUAUGACCAGAAAGUAAAAGGCACAAAGAACAAUUAAUUUUUUUCUCUUUUAAAUAAAGGCAGCACUUCCACUGCGAUUUGAUUUUUUUUUACUCCCAAGACGACCUUGCCUGAAGAAUCAAAGAAAUAGGAACCAGAUCGUUGCUCAUUUCAACUUGUUGGCUAGGAACACUUUGUUUCAGACAGUUUGUAAAAUGGAGCAAGUCAUUUCUACCUGCAGUUUAAAGAUAGGAAGUACCUCCUCUCAUCACCUAUGCUGGAUACUUCUGAAAAUUUUUUAUCCCUUUUCAAUGAAGCUCACUGAGCAACCAUGAAAGGCAUGAAAAUCCUGAUAAGACAUCCAAUGGAUGCCUUCAGAUAAUUGUGUCACAAGGAAUUAGACCAUCUCCUCCUAAAGAAUUCUUGCUUUCGCUUUAGGUGAUGCAAAAGAUUCCAUGUUGACGACUGGAACUUGUGCCUCUGCUCACAGAAGUUGGUGGGACAUUGCAAAGUACUUUGAUGUGUUACUAAGUGCUUAUUGAAAAGUGCUACAAAAGCAAUAGAAUGGAGUAGCCUUUUGUGAUUUAAAAAAAAUGGGGACAUUGAGAAGUAAUAUACAUGUUGGUCUCCAUGUAGCUAGUGCAGAUUUGUCCUCUAAUUGCAAUUCAAGAAUAAUUUCAGGAUGGGAAAGGAAAUGUCACUGCAGUCUUUGAAAAGUUAUUGCUGAAGGGGAAAUGCAGAGAUCAUGAAGAGAUUAUUGUUGAGAACUCAUCUACAGUCAUCACAUAUCAACUCGUGGUUCUCCAAAUUUAAUGAUUGUGUGCCUCAUUGAUGCAAAAGACAUGGAAUUCUUUCAUUAAGGUGCCACAAAAGAAACACUUAAACCCCCAGAAAACAUACAGUAAGACUUACUGUGACAAGAAUUUCCCUUGUUCGCCAUGACCAAGACUGGAACCAGUACUAUAGGAAGUACAGUUGAGAUGCAUUAUACCCAGAGAAAAGAAAUGAAGAACUUUGUAGUAGUUAAUGAUUACUAUGAUGAAGUGUUGGAUGAGAAUGGGCAAUAUGAAGAUAAAGAUUAGUGUUAGAUUGACUGAAAAUAAUGAAGGAUUACAGAUGGCUUAAUCACAUCCUUAAUAUACACAUUAAUCAUAAUACUUUUCUGUUUUGAAAUGGGAUAAGAUUUUAAGUAGUUUUAAUGAUUCUCAGUCAAAUGUUUGAGACAAACAGUUGGCAACUGAUGCUGAUGGAUGUUUUGCAUUUGUCAAAAUAUUUAAACCAAUGGAACUUUUGCCAAAAAUAGAUGAUCAUGUUUCCAAACAACUAAUGAUCUGCUUUGCAACAGACUUGCAAGUUACAUACAAUGAGUAUAUUGUUCCUUUUGCCCUUGGCUAACUUGGGUCUUUAGAUGUUGCCAAGAACAAGGUAUUGUUAUGUUGGACUUGGUUCUAAUUCUGCUUGUAUGAAUACUGCCAUCCAUUGAUCCAAGAUUCUCUCAAAAGGAGUAGAAUAGCUGUUUAUAUAUUGGCAUGGGCCUUUGACCUUAAAUGAGGAAUUACAAAUGGGCAUCUGGUCACCUAUGUUUCUGGCAUUCCAAAACAUAAUUUCAUUCCACUACAUUUAGUUCUUAAGUUGAGAACCGUUACAUUCUACCUUGGAUUUCUCAGUAAAUUACACCCUUUUGCAUGCUGCUGAAGAUUGAUUCAGCACUUUAUAGAAUCGUCCUGCUGUUGCUGAAGAAAUGAAACUUUCAGCUGUGCCCCGAUGAGUAUUUUAUUUCUGAUAUUUCUCCCGUGUACAAAUUCACCCUAGCUGGUAAAUGAGGUGUCGAGCACAAUGUGCAUAUAUUUAUUAAUGGAUAUGAAAAUCACAGGUAAGGUUAUAUGUUGAGGAAACAAGGUAGUAAUUACAUAACCUAAGAUGGAUAAAAUGAACAGCAAGUUGGUGCUUUGCCUUGUGAACUGCUCAUGAGACAAAUAGGGCAAACUGCGUUCUUUAGCAGCUGGAACGAAUAUCAUCAGUACACACGGUUCACAGGAGCCAAACGCACAUUCCAUUCCAAGGUUAUGGGAACAACCCUCAGCUAUUCUUGACAUUUUAAUAUGUCAAAUAAUGUAAUGCUUCAUUUUACAAUCCCCCAAUUUUUAAAAAAUGAAAUGCAAUGUUUUUACUCAAAUGUUAGAUAUUUUCUUCUCAUCUUAUUUCUAUCUCGGCUGUUGUUUUCUCCAUUUUUGUCCAGCAACCUGUUUUACUUGGAAUCACAUCUUCAUAGGAGAAGAUCAGUCAGUGUAUUUCCUAAGUGUUACUUUAUGGUGCAAAAGGAGGCCAGCAUUGACUUGUUGAUUCUUGUUAUUAAUGGGUUGGACUUGUCCCACUGUGACAAGGAGCAUCAAUUGAUUGAGUAAAUAUUACUGCAGUUGUUUCAUGGUACUAAAAAAAUUCAGCAUGCAGAAUGAGCUGUAGCAGAAUUGAGUAGCUCCAGAUUUUUUUUUCUUACUAUAAAAGGCUUUAAAUAUUGUACAGCAGUGAUAGUUCACGUAGAAAAGAUAUACCUCAAAUGAUACAAAAUAGCUGAUAUAGAGACCUGUUGAACACCAUUACUGCAUCAAAAUAUCCAAACUGUGAUAAAGUACAAUUCCUUAUUGUUCUGGUAAGAUGGGCUUCUCAGUAAUUGCACCCCAAAAUACAAUGGGCAGGAUUAUGCUUACUUAUUGUGGUUCAAUCAUUGUGUUUACCACAAUCCCCAUUGCCAGACUAACUUCCCAUGGCACAAGGAAAGACUUUCUGCCGCAGCUGGUCUGUGGGCAGUCGCCAGGCCUUGGGUGGUGGGUCCUGAUGGCUUUUGGACAACCUGUGGUUUCAUUUCAACUCUUUCUAAAUAUAAAUGAUAGAGGCAUUUAUGAAAGUUCACAGAUUUAAAUGAUUAAAGAAUACAUUUAUUUAAAUACACAUUUUAACCAAUAAUUUAACCCAUUAAAUUAAUUAAGAGCAAUUUUUAAAAAAUCACAUCCUAUUUAUGUAGAUACUACUGAGCUCCAUCUCUAGGGGUGGUGCUGCAUCCAGAAUUGGAAUGGGAGCUCAAACGUGCUGGCUGCAAAGCACCACUGUGGCAGUCGGAAUGCACUAACCCAAUAUUGUUCUUUUUGGGACAGCCAGAUGAUGAGGAACAUGAUCCAGGCCAAUAAUACUUUUCCCUAGCAUCAAAAUGUAUAUAAGUACAGAUAGUCCCCCCCCCCGUGUGGUUUAUUAUAGGAUACAAUCCCAACUUCACAGAUACAGCUGAUUGCUGCUGUUAAAUACCAGCUAAGGUAAGUAGGGCAUAUGCAUUGAGCUAAGACUGCUGCUCUUCUGAAUUUGGGACAAAUUCUGCAAUUGACCUAAUUUGCACUGCAGAGACUACUGAUUAAGUUCCUGCUUCAAUACAAUUCCAUAUUCUGAAGUUACUUUUUGAUGAUAGAAAAUGUCAUUAGAAGCCUUUUAUUGGAUGAAAUGGCUGAAAGCAUUGGCCCUAUUCUUCCUAAGGCCUAGCAUUUUUAAUCAACAUUAUAUCCUUUGUUCGCUAAACUAUAAGUGAACAGAUGCACUGUUUUAAGGCCGCAACAGUUUGAAGCAAGCUAUGCAUAUUUUAAAUUGUUCUUUGCAUAACUUUCCAUUCUUCUUUCUGCUUUGCUUGCUCCAUCUCUAUCAUCAGAAACUGCCAGACAUUGUCACUAAGAGCAUUUGAAACUUUGACGAAAGUUUGUAAGCAUAAUUAUGGAAUUAAAUUUCAUUUAUAAAACUA